AUGAGCUUCACAAAACUAAACCCUCUAUUCCAGAAUAUCAUGACGAUCGCUCUGGACGAGGCCACUCCGCCAGCACCACCAGCUCCCACCGGGAUAUGCUGGUCCUGUGGCCUCAGCGGUGUUGUCAGACAGACCCGCCACGAUAACACCAACGGCAAUGCCGACAGGCCAUACUACAAGUGUCUACAUUGCGGCCUAUUCCUGGCUUCUGCGAUCGACGCGGCCUCUGCCCCACGAACCCGAAGUGCUGGUGCGGAGAGCCCAGCAGGCGACAAGUAA